AUGUCGUCUCGCGUGGGAUUCCGUUUCCUGAACAGCACUCGCUUUGCUUUCCGCAAUGCCUCUGCGCCAUUCCGCCGGCCGGGUGCCCAGGGCUUCCGCUUCUCGAGCACCGAGGCCGGUGCCGAUGCCACCAAGCAGAGCACUUUCCAGCGCAUGUGGAACAGCCCUGUCGGUGUGAAGACUGUGCACUUCUGGUACGAUGACUGCAUCCGUUUCCCAUUUGAUAAGCGCUACGCUCCAUCCAUUGUCGACGAAAAUACGGGCAAAAAGGCUAUACUUGGAGCUGAGCUUUGGAAUACAUGGAGUAUGAAGAACGCGAGGCUGAUUUAUAUCUCACAGUGGUGCCUCGUUAUCGCCGGCAUGGCCGACUUCGCUCGUCCUGCGGAGAAGCUCUCCCUCACCCAGAACGCCGCCCUGAUGGGUACCGGAGCCAUCUGGACCCGCUGGUGCAUGAUCAUCAAGCCCCGUAACGUCCUGCUUGCCGCUGUCAACUUCUUCCUGGGAUGCGUUGGUGCCGUCCAGGUUACCCGUAUCUUCAUGUGGCAGCGCAGCCAGGGGGCUGUUGCCAACGCCGCCGAGGGCGCUGCUGAGAAGGCCGAGAAGAAGAUCGCCGAGAAGACCGCUUAA